AAAAAGGAAGCAAUCCUAUCAGUUACUGCUUAGUGUUACUCUGCUGUUGCAUCCAGUGGGUAACGUUCCCUGAAAUGCUCUGCAACCAAUUUGGGACUUUCCACUAAAUCGUAGAAAAUUUGCGUUUGUUUUCUCCUGGGAGCUGAAGAAAUUUGAGAAAAGAAUUAAUAUUUUGCUUCUCCAGUUGCACUUUUUCUAGCAGUAAAUCAUGCAAAUAAAGCUCUCCACCUGCUUCUUUCUGUGCCUUUUGCGAUUCAGCUUUAGUGCCACCAGAAGAUACUACCUGGGUACCGUGGAAUUGUCCUGGGACUAUACGCAAAGUGACCUGCUCGGUGAGCUGCAUGUGGACACAAGAUCUCCUCCUAAAGUGCCAAGAUCCUUUCCACUCAACACUUCAGUCAUGUACAAAAAGACUGUGUUUGUAGAGUUCACGGAUCACCUUUUUAACAUCGUCAAGCCCAGGCCACCCUGGAUGGGUUUGUUGGGUCCUACCAUCCGGGCUGAGGUUUAUGACACAGUGAUCAUUACACUUAAGAACAUGGCUUCGCAUCCUGUCAGUCUUCAUGCUGUUGGUGUAUCCUACUGGAAAGCUUCCGAGGGAGCUGAAUAUAAUGAUCAGACCAGCCAAAGGGAGAAAGAAGAUGAUAAAGUCUUUCCUGGUGAGAGCCAUACCUAUGUCUGGCAGGUCCUGAAAGAGAAUGGCCCAAUGGCCUCUGACCCACCAUGUCUCACCUACUCAUAUCUUUCUCAUGUGGACCUGGUAAAAGACCUGAAUUCAGGCCUCAUUGGAGCCCUGCUGGUAUGUAGAGAAGGGAGUCUGGCCAAGGAAAGGACACAGAACUUGCAUGAAUUUGUGCUCCUUUUUGCUGUAUUUGAUGAAGGGAAAAGCUGGCACUCAGACACAAAGGACUCCAUGAUGCAGGAAACGGACGCUGCACCUGCCCAGGCCUGGCCUAAAAUGCACACAGUCAAUGGCUAUGUAAACAGGUCUCUGCCAGGCCUGAUUGGAUGCCACAGGAAAUCAGUCCAUUGGCAUGUGAUUGGUAUGGGCACCACUCCUGAAGUGCACUCAAUAUUCCUCGAAGGUCACACAUUUCUUGUGAGGAACCAUCGCCAGGCCUCCUUGGAGAUCUCACCAAUAACUUUCCUUACUGCUCAGACACUCCUGAUGGACCUUGGACAGUUUCUACUGUUUUGUCAUAUUUCUUCCCACCAACAUGAUGGCAUGGAAGCUUAUGUCAAAGUAGACAGCUGCCCAGAGGAACCCCAAGUACGGAUGAAAAAUGAUGAAGAAGAGGAGGAUUACGAUAAUGAUCUCCAUGAUUCUGAAAUGGAUGUGCUCAGAUUUGAUGAUGACAACUCUGCAUCCCUUAUCCAAAUUCGCUCAGUCGCCAAAAAGCACCCGAAAACUUGGAUACAUUACAUUGCUGCGGAAGAGGAGUUCUGGGACUACGCCCCGUCGGUCCUCACCCCUGAUGACAGAAGUUAUAAAAGUCAGUAUUUGAAGAAUGGGCCUCAGCGGAUCGGUAGGAAGUACAAAAAAGUCCGAUUUGUGGCAUACACAGAUGAGACCUUUAAGACUCGUGAAGCCAUACAGCAUGAAUCAGGAAUCUUGGGACCUUUACUUUAUGGGGAAGUUGGAGACACACUGUUGAUUAUAUUUAAGAAUCAAGCAAGCCGACCAUAUAACAUCUACCCUCAUGGAAUCACUGAUGUCAGUCCUUUGCACUCAGGGAGAAUGCCGAAAGGUGUGAAACAUUUGAAGGAUUUUCCAAUUCUGCCAGGAGAAAUAUUCAAGUAUAAAUGGAUAAUAACUCUAGAAGAUGGGCCAACUAAAUCAGAUCCUCGGUGCCUGGCCCGAUAUUACUCUAGUUUCAUUAAUCUGGAGAGAGAUCUAGCUUCAGGACUCAUUGGCCCUCUCCUCAUCUGCUACAAAGAAUCUGUAGACCAAAGAGGAAAUCAGAUGAUGUCAGACAAGAGAAAUGUCAUCCUGUUUUCUGUAUUUGAUGAGAACCAAAGCUGGUACCUCACAGAGAAUAUGCAGCACUUCCUCCCCAAUGCAGCUGGAGUGCAACCUCAAGAUUCAGACUUCCAAGCCUCCAAUAUCAUGCACAGCAUCAAUGGCUAUGUUUUUGACAGCUUGCAGUUGUCCGUUUGUUUGCAUGAGGUGGCAUACUGGUACAUUUUAAGCAUUGGAGCACAGACUGACUUCCUUUCUGUCUUCUUCUCCGGAUAUACCUUCAAACACAAAAUGGUUUAUGAAGACACACUUACCCUAUUCCCAUUCUCAGGAGAAACUGUCUUCAUGUCAAUGGAAAACCCAGGUCUGUGGGUUCUGGGGUGUCACAACUCAGACUUUCGAAACAGAGGCAUGACAGCCUUACUGAAGGUUUCUAGUUGUAACAAGAACACUGGCGAUUAUUAUGAGGACACAUAUGAAGAUAUUUCAACAUACUUGCCAAAUGAAAAUAACGUCAUUGAACCUAGAAGUUUCUCCCAGAAUUCAAGGCACCCUAGCACCAGGCAAAAGCAAUUUAAAACCACCACACUUCCAGAAAAUGACAUAGAGAAGAUUGACCUUCAGUUUGGAGAGCGAACACAGAUGCUUAAAGUACAAAGUGUUUCCUCUAGUGAUUUGUUGGCGCUCUUGGGACAGGAUCCUACGCCAUAUAGGUUAUCCGUAUCUGAUCUCCACGAAGCCAAAUAUGAGAUUAUUUCUGAUGGUUAUUCACCUGGAGUGACAGACGGCAACAAGGGCCUAUCUGAAGUGGCACGCCUCAGGCCAGAGCUCCAUCACAGUGGGGACAUGGUAUUUACUCCUGAGCCAGGCCUCCAAUUCAGACCCAGUGAGACUCUGGGGACAACUACAGCAGUAGAGUUGAAGAAACUUGAUUUAAAAGUUUCCAAUUCAUCAAAUAAUCUAAUGACUUUACCAACAAUUUCACCAGACCAUAUGGCAGCAGGUUCCUUAGACACCACUGUAUUUGGCAAAAUGUCAUCUCCCUUUAUUGAGUCUGGGGUACCUCUGAGCUUGAGCGAAGGCAAUAAUGACUCCAAGUUGUUAGAAGCAGCUUUAAUGAGUAGUCAAGAAAUUUCACUGGGAAAAAAUGUAUUGUCAACGGAGAAUGAUAGGUUAUAUAAAGAGAAAAGAGCUCACGAGUCUGCUUUGUUGACCAAAGAUAAUGCUUUAUUUAAAGUUAAUAUCUCCUUGGUAAAGACAAACAAAGAAUCCAAUAAUUCAGCAACUAAUAGAAAGUUUCAUAUUGAUGGCCCAACAUUAUUACCUGAGAAUAGUACAUCUGUCUGGCAAGACACUAUAUUAGAAAGUGAUACUGAGUUUCAAAGAGUGAUGUCUUUGAUUCAUGACAAAAAUACUACAGCUUUGAGGCUAAAUUAUACAUCGAAUAAAACUACUUCAUCCAAAAAUAUGGAAAGAGUCCACCUAAAAAAAGAGGGCCCUAUGCCACCAGAUUCAGCAAAUUGGAUAAAAAGGACCCUUGGAAAGAACUCUCUGAGAUUUGAUCAAGGCCCCAGUCCAAAGCAAUUAAUAUCUUUAGCAUCAGAAAAAUCUGUGAACGAUCAGAAUUUCUUGUCAGAGAGGAAUAAAGGUGUAGUAGGAGAAGAGGAAUUGACAAAGAACACAGGACUCAAAGAAAUGACUUUUCCAAGUGGCGUAAACAUAUCUCUUACUAACUUGGCUAAUGUACUUGAAAAUGAUACACACCACCAAGAAAAAAAAAUUCAGGAAGAAAUGGAAAGGAAUGAAACAAUACAAGAGAAUGUAGUUUUGCCUCAGGUGUAUACAGAGACUGGCACUAAGAAUUUCAUGAAGAACCUUUUCUUACUGAGCACUAGGCAAAAUGUAAUUCAAGACACCAGGUCACUAAAUAAUUCAACAAAUACAACAGAGAUUCGCGUGGACCAUUUCUCAAAAAAAGGGGAGGAAGAAAACUUGGAAGGCUUGAGAAACCAAACCAAACAAAUGAUAGAGAAAUAUCUAAGCACCACAAGGAUGUCUCCUAACCAAAGCCAGCAGAAUGUUAUUGCUCAACGUGGUAAGCGGGCUUUGAAAGAAUUGAGACUCCCACUAGAAGAAAUAGAGCUUGAAAAGGGGACAAUUGUGAACGACAGCUCAACCCAGUGGUACAAAAAUGUGAACUAUUUGAUCCAGGGCACCCUCACACGGAUAGACUACAACAAGGAGAAAAGGGCCACCACUCAAUCUUCCUCAUCAGAUUGUCUUAUGAGGAGUCAUGACAUCACUCAGAUGAAUAGAUCUGCUUUGCCCAUUGCCAGGGUAUCAGCAUUUCAAUCUAUUAGACCUACAGACCUGACUAGGAUCCCACCCCAAGACAAUGCUUCUCAUCUUCUGGCAUUAGCCUGUAGGAAGAAAAGUUCUGGGGUCCAAAAAACCAGUCAUUUCUUACAAGGAGCCAAAGGAAAUAACAUUUCUUUAGCUAUUCUAACCUUGGAGAUGAUUGGUGGUCAAAGAGAGGCUGGCUCCCUGGGGGAAAAUGACACAAACUCAGUCAUGGACAAAAAACUUGAGAAUGCUGUUCUCUUGAAAUCAGACUUGCCUGGAACAUCUAGCAAAGUUGAAUUGCUUACCAAAGGAAAUGUAUCUCCUGAUAAAUUCAUUUAUCAGGAGAACUUUUUUCCUACAGAAACUAGCAAUAGGCCGCCUGGCCACCAGGAGCUCAUGGAACAGAGUCUUCCUCAGCAAACACAGGGAGAUAUUAAGUGGAAUAAAGCAAAUAGGCCUGGAAAAAUUCACUUUCUGAAAGGGUUGACAGAACGUUCCACAAAGACUUCCUCCAAGUUGCUAAAUCCUCUUGCUUGGGAUAAUCAAGAUGAUACUCAGAUACCAAAAGAAGAGUGGAAAUUCCAAGAGAAGGCACCAGAAAACACAGCUUUUGAGGUAAAGGACACCAUUUUGUCCCCGAACCCUUGUGAAAACAAUCAUGCCAUAGCAGCAAUAAAUGAGGGACAAGGUGGGCCCCAAAGAGAAGCCACCUGGGCAAACCAAGGAGGAACUGGAAGGCGGUGCUCUCAAAACCCAUCAGUCUUGAAACGCCAUCAAAGGGAAAUAACACCUACUAUUCAGUCAGAUCAAGAAGAAAUUGACUAUGAUGAUACCAUCUCAACUGAAAUGAAAAAAGAUUUUGACAUUUAUGGUGAGGAUGAAAAUCAGGGUCCCCGCAGCUUUCAGAAGAAAGUACGACACUAUUUUAUUGCUGCAGUGGAGCGGCUCUGGGAUUAUGGGAUGAGUAAAUCUCCCCAUGUUCUAAGAAACAGGGCUCAGAGUGACAGUAUCCCUCAGUUCAAGAAGGUGGUUUUCCAGGAAUUCACUGAUGGCUCCUUUACGCAGCCCUUAUACCGUGGAGAACUAAAUGAACAUUUGGGGCUCUUGGGACCCUAUAUAAGAGCAGAAGUUGAAGACAACAUCAUGGUAACUUUCAAAAAUCAGGCUUCUCGUCCCUAUUCCUUUUAUUCUAGCCUUAUUUCUUAUGACGAUGAUCAGAGGCAAGGAGCAGAACCUAGAAAAAACUUUGUCAAGCCUAAUGAAACCAGAACUUACCUCUGGAAAGUACAACAUCAUAUGGCACCCACUAAAGAUGAGUUUGACUGCAAAGCCUGGGCUUAUUUCUCUGAUGUUGAUCUGGAAAAAGAUGUACACUCGGGCUUGAUUGGACCCCUUCUGAUAUGCCACACUAACACACUGAACCCUGCUCAUGGGAGACAAGUGACAGUACAGGAAUUUGCCCUGUUUUUCACUAUCUUUGAUGAGACCAAGAGCUGGUACUUCACUGAAAACAUGGAAAGGAACUGCAGGGCUCCCUGCAACAUCCAGAUGGAAGACCCCGCUUUUAAAGAGAAUUAUCGCUUCCAUGCAAUCAAUGGCUACGUAAUGGAUACGCUGCCUGGAUUGGUGAUGGCUCAGGACCAAAGGAUCCGAUGGUAUCUGCUCAGCAUGGGCAGCAAUGAAAACAUCCAUUCUAUUCACUUCAGUGGGCAUGUGUUCACGGUACGGAAAAAAGAGGAGUAUAGAAUGGCAGUAUACAACCUCUAUCCAGGUGUUUUUGAGACAGUGGAAAUGUUACCAUCCAAAGCUGGAAUUUGGCGAGUAGAAUGCCUUAUUGGCGAGCACCUACAUGCUGGGAUGAGCACACUUUUUCUGGUGUACAGCAAGGAGUGUCAGAUUCCCCUGGGAAUGGCUUCUGGACGCAUUAAAGAUUUUCAGAUUACAGCUUCAGGACAAUAUGGACAGUGGGCUCCAAAUCUGGCCAGACUUCAUCAUUCUGGAUCAAUCAAUGCCUGGAGCACCAAGGAACCCUUUUCCUGGAUCAAGGUGGAUCUGUUGGCACCGGUGAUCAUUCACGGCAUCAUGACCCAGGGUGCCCGCCAGAAGUUCUCCAGCCUCUACAUCUCUCAGUUUAUCAUCAUGUAUAGUCUUGAAGGGAAGAAGUGGCAGACUUAUCGGGGAAAUUCCACUGGGACCUUAAUGUUAUGGAGCAACGACAAUGUUCUGGCUUCUAGUGGGG